GUGUUUCCGGUAUUGCUGAAUGGCUGAGUGAAACUACAAGCAAGAGCUGACAGUUUGAAACCUUUUUGCACACGGGCGUCCAUAACACGAUCAUUUCAAGCAAACAUUUAUGAUAUACAUUUGCACGUUUUUAUUUUAAGAAUAAACAGUGAGUUCUUGUUACGCCUUCUAUCAUUGCUGUCAUAAAUCAAGCAGAAGUGAAAGAUGGAAAACUUUAUUCUAUAUGAAGAGAUUGGGAGAGGAAGCAAAUCUGUUGUUUAUAAAGGAAGGAAAAAAGGAAGCAUACAUUUUGUUGCCAUCAUCUGCAGUGACAAGUCCAAGAGAGCUGAAAUAACCAACCAUGUGCGUCUUACCCAUGACAUAAAGCAUGAAAAUGUUGUUUCAUUUCAUGAGUGGUAUGAGACCAGCAAUCAUCUCUGGCUUGUGCAGGAACUCUGUACAGGGGGUUCUUUGGAGGCUGUUAUAACUCAGGAUGAGUAUCUUCAAGAAGAUGUGGUGAGGGAGUUUGGGAUUGAUUUGGUUAAAGGGUUAAAAUACAUCCAUGAACUUGGUAUCCUCUUCUGUGACCUCACUCCUGCAAAGAUACUGCUGGAUGGUCCAGGGACGCUGAAAUAUUCAAAUUUCUGCCUAUCUAAAGCAGAAGGCGAAAACUUAGAAGAAUUCUUUGCUUUGGUUGUCUCAGAGGAAGGAAGUGGGGACGGUGGAGAAAGCACACCAAGAAGAAAUCUCAAAAACCGAGUUCAAGGAUCUCCAAUGUAUGCAGCCCCUGAAACUGUAAAGGGAGCAGAUUUUUCCAUUGCCAGUGACUUUUGGUCAUUAGGUUGUGUAUUAUAUGGCAUGUUCUCAGGAAAGCCACCAUUUUUUUCAGAAAGCUUUUCCGAACUAAUUCAGUUGAUUUCGUAUGAAGAUCCUUCACCCCUGGAAUCAAAGGGUGCUACUGCUGUCAACCCUUCUGCUGAGUUUCAAAGUCUGAUAAAUGGUUUGCUUCAAAAGGAUCCUCAGAAAAGGUUGAACUGGGCAGCGUUACUCAAGCACCCGUUUUGGCAAGGAGCUUUCACUGGAGGAAAGGAAGCCACGUCUUAUGAAGACAAGAACAUCAGCUUAAGCAAUGGCAAAAGUCAGAACUUGCCAAGGUGCGGGGAGUUACCAGAGACCAUUACAGAUUUACAGAGAUCAAGAGUGGGACUGGACAGCAGCCAACUUCUCAGCAAGUCAUUUAAAUUAGGCAGUGCUUCAAGAAUAGAGAAUGUUGCUGAAUUUAGACCAAAGAGUGCCACAGAUGGUGAUGCCAGUGAAUCAAUUUUUCUUCUCAGUUCUCGUCCAACCCCAAGGACAAGCACUGCUAUGCAAAAUUCAGUACAAGAAGCAUCUAAAAUUCAGCAUGACCCCUCAUUUACCAGUGAGAGUGAUGUGAAUUCAAGAAUUCGAGAACUAAUCUACACUGACUCUGACCUCACUCUCACACCAAUCAUAGACAAUCCCAAGAUAAUGAAGCCUGCCCCUGUGAGGUUUGACUCCAAAACCCUGUGUGUUCCUCCGUAUUCAGCUGAGAAGCUGGUAUCUCUGAAAGAUCAGGAUUGGAGUGGCUUUGUGCAGCAACUGUGCUCAUCUCUGGAAUCGAGUGAAAAAAGCAGUGGGUCUCCCAGGAAUAAACUGAACCUGUUGUGCUAUCUUUGCACUGUUUCUGGUCACAAGGAGGUAGCCACAAGGUUAAUAAACUCGCAGCUGUUACCGUUGUUAACUCAGCUGCUGCGCACAGCUCCUAAUUGGGAUGUGCGUGCCAAAGUGAUCCGUGUCAUUGGUUUAUUGGCAUCCCACACAGUGGACUUGAAUGAAGAUGUGCCAGUCACAGAGGCAGUCACCGUGCUCACUGAAUUGAUAAGAGAAAACUUCAGAAACAGCAAACUCAAACAGUGCCUGUUGCCUUCACUGGGAGAACUGCUUUACCUAAUUGCAAAUCAGGAAGAGAAGAAAGAGCACCCUAGAGAAUGCUGGGCUGUUCCUUCAGCUGCCUACACCGUGCUAAUGAGGUGCCUUCGGGAAGGGGAAGAGCCAGUGGUCAAUCAUGUGGCUGCAAAAAUUGUGGAAAAUGUCUGCACUACUGUCUCCUAUCAGUCUCAAGGGUUCAUCACUGGGGAGAUUGGACCAAUGUUGUGGUACCUCUUCACACAUUCCACAGUGGACUCUUUGAGGGUCACCGCAAUUUCGGCACUGUGCAGAAUUACUCGACACUCUGCCAGUGCUUUCCAAAGUGUCAUUGACAAGGUGGGCCUGCCUGCAAUACUGAACAGCUUGGUAUCAGGAAUAAGCCGGAUUCAGCAGUAUAUGCUCACCAUGUUUACUGAAAUGCUGUCCUCUGGGGUCCAUCUGCAGAGACUGGUUCAGGAAAAGGAUUUUGUUAUCAAAAUCAUCCGAUUAUUAGAGAGUCCUGUGUCUACUAUCCGUGCAAAGGCCUUCCUUGUGCUGUUACAGGUCCUAAUGAACAACAGGGAGAUGCUACUAUUGUGUUGCAAUUCAAGGUUAGUGAUGUACAUCGAAAGAGACAGCAGAAAGGCAACGCCAGGGAAGGAACAACAAAGCAGCAAUGAAUACCUGUCAAAAUGCUUGGAUCAACUCAUCUGUCACAUUGUGCAAGAGCUGCCAGCAAUUCUAGGUGAUAUCCUUUCUGCAUUAGCAAGUGUUUCAGGACGUAAACAUCCUUCAACAGUCCAGGCUAAACAGCUGAAGCAAUGCCUUCCCGCAAUGCCUGUUGUUCUCCAUCUUUUGACUUCUCAGAUAUUUAGGCCGCAUGUGGUGACAGAAGAGUUUCUUUUUAGCUUUGGGGUAUUACUGAAUCACAUAAAAUCAAUAGACUCUAGUGAGACCAGUUUAGACAGUGCAGUAGGACAAGCAGCUUCAGAAGAACUUAUUAGGACCACCUUAUCAGCAAUUGAAGCAGUUACACAGCAUCCAGCUCUUCUGAUGCAGUAUCAUUCUACAGUUGUGGAUUCCAUCCUCCCACCCAUGGUCUGUCUUGCAUUCAGCAAAAAUGUGGAGUGGAGAAUCUACAGCUUGCGGUUGCUGUCAGAAACCACUCUGAUGUUGGUCAACCACGAAGCCAUGGAGAAGGGGGAGAGGCUGAAUUCAAAUAGCAAACUACUUACUCUCAUUAGAGAGUCCCUGCUUCCACAAUAUGAGAGGCUUCUUAUGGAACCAGACCCAAUCCCACUGUAUGCUUUAAAACUGUUGGUGGCCUUGACUGACCACAGCCCAUCUUUCACCAGGCUCAUUGAAGAAAACCAGCUUUUUCCUGUUCUCUUUCAAGUCAUUUUGGAACACCAGGACAAUGUGAUGGGUGGUACCAUGCAGAGUGCAAUAGCACUACUGAACAACUUGGUUGCCCAUAAAGAUACAAAUCUACAACUUCUCUAUAAGGAAGGACUGGUUGACCACAUCAGCAGUGUGUUCAUUGAGACAACCGCUCUGCUCUUGGAAAGCGAAGAUAAACGCAGUUUAACGAAUGGCGGCACUCCUCUGCUUUCAUUACUUGACAUUUUACAGAGUAUGCUGAGGCACACUUCCACGGUAGUGCGACUGGCUCUACAGGCUCAGAAAUCGGAUGCAGGAGGGGACACCCAGACCGCAGAAGACCUUCUGCUUAUCAAUAAACCCCUGACAGACUUAAUUAGCCUGCUUAUUCAGCUGCUACCAAAUGAUGACCCUGAGGUAUAUGAAGGUGUGAUUCAGUGCCUGUCUUUAUUAGUGCAGCUGUAUGGAGGAGGUGACAACCCUGAAUGCAUGUCCCCAGAAAACAUUCACAGCUUUGCCGAGACAUUGACAUCACAUCAAGACCCAAAGCAACAAAAGCUUCUCCUACAGAUUAUUAAGCGUUUGCAGACGCCUGUAAAUCUCCUGUUUAAGAUAAUCCAUGACAUUCCUGGCAGUAUGACAACAGAUUUUAUCUUGCAUCAGAAAAAACUCAGGACCAAAUGCACCAACAAAUGGUCUUAUUACAGAGUGCAAGACUGUGUCUGUGUACUUUCAAGCUGUAAAUCCACCCCUUGGAACCACAAUACAAUCCCUGCAACCUCCGAUGUAGAUGCCACUCCACACCAUACGUGAGUUUUUAUAGCAUUCUAAAAUGACUUCUGUCCCUAGUGAGAACAUCCCAUCUCCCAUCAUCAAGUUAUGAUUUUAAAGAUGCAAACUUCCUGUUAUCUCAGAGUGUGGCUCUGCAUACCAAUUCACCAUGCCAGUAGGGAUUCUUAAACUUACUUCUCAACUUUCUUGGCCUCCCUAUAACUAGUGUACAAAAAAAUAAACUCCCCAGGAUAGAAAAUGAUGUUUCAGAGCUGCUGCUUAUGUUGAACUCGUGAAUAAUUCAGACAAGCAACAUUGCUGUAGUGUUAGGAAAAAAACUAAUUGGGUGAGGUGUGCACAUCGAUCAGAGCAGGGUCUCUCUGCACUGAGUAAUGAUAAUUAGCCUGCAAAAAUGCCUUUGUUUUAAUACAGGGUGGUGUUGCUGUUUUCUUCAUAAUUAGAUUAAUUAACAUCUUUCUCCCCUGUAAAGUUUGUAUGUAGAGCUGGGCAAUGUUUUUCCAAUCAGUUAAAUGUACUCAGUUAAACUAUAUCAGUUGUACUGAAUAUAUUUAAAUAUUUCUACAUCUACCGGUUAUUAUUCUCUUUGUUAUAUCCACUUCUAUAUAGUGUUUUCUGCAGUAUCUGCAGCAUCAACUUUAUACAGCUCUCCCUGUCACUAUCUGCAGUAUCUUAGUUACAUACAAGCUUAUCUUUGUAUCCACCUAUCAGCUCAUCGAUGUAGUAUCCAAACUAUGUUAGAAAACUGCAUUGUUCCACAAGUUAAAUUUUACACCAAAAUAUAUUUUGUGUCUGUUUACUUCUUGCUCACUUCAUGGCAUAACUGAUUUUGUCAAUGACAAAAGAAUAAAAAUGUGUUUGCGCAGCUGUAAGUUUUGCACACAUCAUUAGUUUAUUUUUCUUUUUUUUAGCUUUUCUUGGUAUCAUUGUCCCUUAAUGGGGAUGGGACCAUUUAACCUUGCAGGCACUGUCUUUCAAGCUCAUAAAUUAUGAAUAGUUCCCAAGCUAUGUAUCACAUCUCAAGUUAUUUUAUAUAUCGAUGUGUAUUUCCCUAGAAAGCUGCACUUCUAUCAGGAGUAGCUGUAUGUAUUGUCAUUAGAACAAGUUUGAAAAUUAAUUCCUUAACCAUUUUUCACAUAAAGACAUUUAAUGCUGUUUCUUGCAUCCAACUCUGCCCCCUAUGCCAUAAUAGCUACAUAUUUAAUUCCCUCCGUCUCAAGUGGAUAUUCUGCUUAAAAUUGUUCUCUUUAUUGCAUAUUUUGUCCGAACCUUAACUAAAGCUGCAUUUGUCAAACGGGAGGGUGCAUAUAGAUAUCAUCACCAGAAUAGGUUGUCCAACUAAGUUGUCCAAUGCAUCACCUUGGGCUUUGAUUUAUUAGAAAGUGGUUUAUCUUUCUAAUUUGAAAGCCAUUAUAAAA